AAACGGGUAGAAACAAGCAAAAUUAAAUUAAACUAGUAAAAUUUAGAACACUGCUUUAGCGGAACGAGAGGAUAAAUCCUGCCCGGAAAAGUACUACGUAGUAGAGCAGAGCAGCGUCUCCCUUGCACAACGGCCACUUUUUCUCGCUCCUUGCUCAUUCUGCGUUUUCUCAUCCAGUUGGAACGUUGUGUCCCUGGUUUCGUUCCACUCUGAUUUUUUCCACAAUUCAUAAAAAGUAUCAAAAUUUUCCAUUUCGAAUAAUUGACAUUCACUAUCACGAGUAAGAGUAGGAUUUCAUCACCUCAGGUUGACGAUUAAUUGUUAACGGUUGGUAAACAUGGAUUCAUCUCAGGCUGAAGGCAGUCAAGCGGCCGCCAGUGGGAGUAUCCUUACGAGGCGAACAACAUUCGACUCUGCGUACAAGAACUUGGAGCUGACCGUGAGAGAGUUCUCGAGAGAGAAGUUGAGCCUACAGGAGACUAUAAAAUCACAACAGGAGGAAAUCGUGGCGUUGCAGAGUUCUCUGAACAAGAGGGACAAGGAAAUCCAAGAAGUCGCUGAAGAAAAUCGAGGUUUGAAGCAACAACACGAAGAUGAUGAAACGAAGCGGUGCACAGCUAAUGCAUUGUUGGAAACAAUGAAUGAAAGAGAAGCCGUUAUUUCCAACGCAUUGGAAGAAUUCCACUAUAUAGAAAACAGCAUAAAAUCAAAGUGUGAAGAAAACCAAGAUGAUAUUGAACAGUUGAAGACUCGUAUAUUGCAGUUGAUGGAAAUUGCAGCCACUCAGCAGCAAAACAUCCACUCGAAAUCGCUUAAAACCAUUGCAAGAAUUAAUGCUACAUUUGACGAAGUAAGAGCGGCCCACCAAACUGAGCUGGAUGAACUCAACAACACCGUUCAACGUCAGCACCGCGAGUUACUUCAGACGAUUGAUGAAUUAAAUGCUGCAAUGAAUGAAGCACAAUCGAGUCAUCAAGUCGAGGUAGAUGAACUCAACAACAAAGUGCGACUUCUAGAAAUCAACAAGCAAGAAUCGGAGAGCAAGAAUUCUAUCCUUCUCAAGGAGGUCGACUCGUCUAAAUCCCAGCUUAGCGAGUUAAUUCGGAAGACAGAUGAAUUAAACGCUGCAUUGGACGAAGCAAAAUCGCUUCAUCAAGUUGAGCUAAAUGAACUCAACAAGAAUGUGCAAGAAUCGGAGAGCAAGAAUUCUCUUCUUGUCAAGGAGGUUGACUCGUCUCAAUCCCAGGUUAUCGAGCUACUCCAGAAGAUUGAAGAUUUAGACACUGUAUUGAAUGAAGCAAACUCGCUUCAUCACGUAAAGCUGGAUGAACUCAACAAGAAGAUUGAAGAAUCGGAGAGCAAGAAUUCUCUCCUUCUCAAGGAGGUCGACUCGUCACAAUGCCAGCUUAAAGAGUUACUCGGGAAGAUUGAGGGAUUAAACGCUGCAUUGGAGGAAGCAAAAUCGCUUCAUCAAGUUGAGCUAGAUGAACUUAACAAGAAUGUGCAAGAAUCAGAGAAUAAGAAUUCUCUUCUUGUCAAGGAGGUCGACUCGUCACAAUGCCAGCUUAAAGAGUUACUUGGGAAGAUUGAGGGAUUAAACGCUGCAUUGGAGGAAGCAAAAUCGCUUCAUCAAGUUGAGCUAGAUGAACUUAACAAGAAUGUGCAAGAAUCAGAGAACAAGAAUUCUCUUCUUGUCAAGGAAGUCGACUCGUCACAAUGCCAGCUUAAAGAGUUGCUUCGGAAGAUUGAUGGAUUGCACGCUACUUUGAACGAAGCAAAAUCGUGUCAUCAAGUUGAGGUUGAUGAACUUAUCAAAAAAGUGGAGGAAUCGGAGAGCAAGAAUUGUCGUCUUCUCAAGGAAGUUGACUCGUCUCAAUGCCAGCUUAGCGAGUUGCUUCGUAAGAUUGAAGGAUUAACUGAAAAUCGGGCGUCUCCCUUUCGUUAUUCUUCGUCAAUGGGACUUGGCAGCGUCAAGAACACCCCGUCGGGAAUCUUGCGAACCGGUCGGAAUUCAUCGGCCGAGAAAAAAAGCGUGAAAUGGAACGAACCUUCCAUUCAACAUACAACUGACUACCGGAGAUCUAAAUACCAGGAAGCUGUCAAGGCACUUGCAUCUGUAUCAGAUGAUGAGUCAGAAGAGUCUGCCAGCGAAAAAGAAGAUCCCACUUUUGAACUUCCGAUCAAGCGAGCCCGUCUUUCCGAUAAAGAAUCUUCUUCAUCUCGGUCUUCCUCGUCCACUUCUACCAAUGCAUCUUCUUCAACUAAGGCAGUGGCAUCUGGGAAAGCUGCGACUCCGGUACACUACAAGUUCUUCAAGGACCGUCAACAAGAUCUGUCCUAAACCUCUUGGAUCAUUCUUACUCAUAUAACCAGUUUAAUUUCAAUGGUACCAAAUUAUUCAUGUUACUAAUUUUACAAAAGUAUUCUUUUGAUCGUCCUAAAUUCCUCAAUUCUUGUACUUGGUUCCCAUCUAUCUACAUUACACUUAGGGAUGAAAAAUCUGUGUACUUAUUAUUAUUUCCAUACUGUUGGUUGAAAUUUCAAAAUUUUCUUGUUUGAAUAAAAUUUAUAAACUGGAA